UUCAGUUGAGGUCGGGCCGGAGUCACCGGCCUCACCUUUGACCCAAUCUUCAAUGAUGUUUCAAGCACCGUAUCCACCAUACGACCCCACUGACAAGGACGGAUUUUCCUACGAAACUGUACAAAAACGAUGGCCGAUCAUCCUCACUGGAGUCGUGAACCAGCUUCAUUUAGAGAACCACGACAUUUUUGUUGAUUCAGAACACGCCGAUGGCAAGAAUCUAGAGGAAGGAAAACUUGCUGAAGGGAAAGCUCUCAUUGAGAAGGUUAGCAAACUCAAGUAUGAGAUGGCGCGAGAUCGUGCAUUGGAACCUCUCUCUCAAGACGGCGGUUCGCACAUAGAGACGUAUAACACGGAGUUGGAACGACUAGCAUCCAUCUCGAAGAAUACGUGGUUUACUGCUCCAUGGCUGUUCGCAGAAUGUUAUCUCUAUCGUCUGAUCUGGUCUUACCUCUUGCAAACCACGCACUGGCGCCAAUAUGAUCCUUUCCGUGCUCAGAAGAUUGACGCAUUUCAGAAAUCUGGCGUCGCAAUACAUAAGAUCGCGACCAUUGUCUAUGAAUUAGACCACGAGAAGAAAAACUUAGAGGAUAAUGUCGAUAACCUCAAGGUUUUGUUUCAAGAGAUGACGCAGAUGUGCCUAUGGGGAAACUCUAUCGAUUUAUCUCUAUUAACAAACCUAUCCUUAUCGGACAUGGAGCAUCUUCAAGCCGUUGGCAAAGAUGCUCAAGCAGCUAGAGAGGCGUUCAUCUUGAAAGACGAUCAGGAACCUUUGUGGAACCAUCUCAAGUCUCUGGAGGAUGGGAGAAUAGAUUUUGUGCUUGAUAACGCCGGUUUUGAGCUUUUUACGGAUCUGGUCUUCGCCGACUUUCUAGUCACUCAUACAUCAUAUGUUUCUAAGGUCGUUAUGCACCCCAAGUUAAUUCCAUGGUAUGUAUCGGAUGUAACACCGUCCGACUUUUCGCAAACCCUUGAUCUUCUCCUUGACGACGCGUUUCUGGCUUCAUCGUCACCGACCGAAGCAGAGAAAAAGCACCUUCAGUAUAUGACGACCAGGUGGAAAGAUUAUGUAGAACGAGGCAUCUUCUCGUUGUCCGUACCGAUAAGUACAGCUCUGGGAGCAGAAAUAGGUUCCACAGCUGAUUUUUGGACGACUCAUUUACCCUACUGGGAUAUGAAGAUCCAUGCUCAGUCUUUGUGGACCGAUCUGCAUCUCAACAGUAACCUUGUUAUUUUCAAGGGAGACCUAAAUUACCGAAAAUUGACGGGGGAUAUAAGCUGGCCAACGUCGACCCCAUUUCGGGAAGCCAUAGGACCUUUGGCGGGAUCUUUCCCUCUAUUGAGUCUUCGUACUAGUAAGGCUGAUGUUGUUGCGGGAGUUAGUGAUGAGGUAGCUGCGCAGCUUGAUAAGACCGACAAGCACUGGCGAGUCAGUGGGCGGUAUGCCUUGAUAUCCUUCGAGGAGAAGUCAUGCUAGACGACUGCAUAAAUGUAUUUAUUGGGUCCGCGUGCUCAUCAGUUCAAAUACAAUCCCGUCGACCCGUGUCAAGGAACCUUCUUCCGAGAAGCGCAUGCUGAGC